CAUCAUGCAUCAUGCUGCUAGUGAUUAUAGCAUACCAUUAUUUUACAAAGAUAAUAAAAAUCUAAUGAAAAAAGAAUUAUCAACAUUAAUAUAUAACAUCAAAGAAAUAACAUCAAAAUACGAAAUAUCUCAAAGGUUUAUUAUACUUGUAGAUUCUAUUGAUGCAUUUAAUCUAACGAACAAAAUAAAUUUAUCAGACAUAAUAUCAUCAAUUUUAUCAUUGAACGUUUCCAAAACGUUAAUUUUGAUAUAUCAUUCUUCAAUUCCUCUUCUAAAAUCAUAUCCUGUAUAUUAUCCAUUGCCAUCUGAAUUUCUAUCUUAUAUAUCAACUACCAUUAUUUCAGUUCAUUCAUUGUCACAUAAAAUAGCUACUAAAAAUGCAAAAGAUAAGGCAUUAAUUACACCACUUGAAAACGAUUCCUGUAUUGAAGGAAUUAUUGUUCCUUUGGAUUCAAAUGAUACAUCAGGAAUUUUCAUUGAUACAGAACAUCGUCGUAAAAAUGGAAAAUAUAUACAUGAAGAAUCAGUUUUAAUGAUAAAAACAAAUGUCAUUAAAUCCAUAGUAGAUAUUGAUCAUUUUAAAAAAAAAACAUAUAUUAUUGAAAAACAAAUAGAAGAUUUAAACAUUAAUUUUAAUUUAACACUUACAGAUAAACAAAAAAAACAAAAAGAAAGCGUAAUUCUCCCACAUUUCAAAUCACAAACUAUAUAUCAACCAGAAAGUUCAAUAUUCUAUUCACCUGGUUCGGAAGAUGAUUUAGAUGAAGAAGAUCCAGACAAUGACCUAUUACUAUGACAAUUUUCUACAUUAAAAAUAAAAAUACUACAUGCAUUAUUUUUUUUAUUUUAUAUAUUGAUCAUCAAAAAAAUCUCCACCAAAUAACUAAUACAAUAAUAAAAACAAUUGUACAUAUAGCACCAUAAUGGCGUAAAAAUGCAUGAAAGUUUAUAUUUUUAGCAGCCUUUUUAUAUUUGAUGGAUUCAGAACGAAGAUCAGAAGAUAAAUUUGACAUUCUAUCCAAACUAUGGCCUAGAAAUAUAUAUUUAUUAAUCAAGCAUAUAAUCAAUAAACAUACCCCUGUAUAUUAAAUCUUCAAUAUUUUUUGUCAUAGCACGUGUGACAUCCUGAAGUUCAUUAUUUAGUUUAUCAAGAUUAGAAGAAGCACGCGGAGCAAGAUAAAGACGAGUUGUUCUUUGUAUAAAUGUAUCUAUCACAAAAUAAGAGGACAAAUAUUAUCAUCAAUGAUGCUAAAAACCAAACUGCACAAAAGCAUAAGGUCUUAAGGAUAACUUUGUAACAUCAUUGCCAUAAACAUUCCAAAACUCCUUUGAUAUUUCAUCUAAAUAAGAAAAAGCAAGCUUUCGUGGAUAUGAUUUGUCACAUAUACAAAGGUAACAAACAUUAUUAUCAAUAAAAUAGCUAUAAUUAAUAAACGAGA